UUGAGACAAAUGAGGGCGCAUUAUUGUCAACAUGGCGAAUUCCGUGGGAAGUAUUUGUGUAAAAUUUUCCGAGAAAACUGGGCGAACACGACUUGAUGAAAUCGAUUUUUCUGGAUCAGUCAGUACUUUACGAGAAAGAGUGUCCACGGCCAUCGGUCUACCGUCUUCUGAACUUUCGAUGGUUUACUGCGGUCGACUCUUACGGGAUGCAGACAACUUGAAAUUAUAUGGAUUGGAAUCAGGAUGCACUGUCCAUGCAUUGAGGAAGAAAGAACCCAUACCAAUAGUACAGGCAGAACCAUUGGAUGACGUCGGAAUUCGUCAUUUGAUGACCGCCCUUCAUGCUGCUCUCCUAAACCCCGCCCACAGACAAGCUGUGCAUAAGAUCCUUACAAGCACUGAAACCAUAGACAACAUCAUAACAGCUACCCCUGGUCUGGCUGCAGACCACACAGCAGUUUCAAUGCUUCGAGACCCAGAGCUCCUGAUACAGAUUGCUGAUGCCGAUAAUGUGCGAAGGAUCGUGCGUGCACAUCCAGCCAUUGGCCAUGCUGUCAUGCAUGUAGCUGCGUCAGUCACUGAAGAAGGUGCACAGACCGACAGGGCAAGAGGGGCUGAUAAUGAACAGGGGUCCCUUCAACCCGAUUUGUCUGAUGAUGAAAUGGACACGUCCUCAGAUGGUCGUAGUUCCAGUCGUCCACAGCUAAUCACUCAAGCUCAGCUAAGUGCUGCUCUAGCUGCUGCAGGCGUAGGUGGCUCGGCGGGAAGUAGCGCUGGUGCUUUUACGCAGCCUUUCACUUCACCACCCCGAACUCAAGCAAGCACAACCUCCACGCCAUCAGCCUCUACAUCCAGCCAGCCUCUUGCAGGGUCAUCCUCGAGGUCAAGGGUCGGAGGUCAAUUACCAGGUGGUGUCAUAACAGCUGACCUGUUGGCCCGGGCAUUACAGCAGCACCAACAAGCAGCUGCGGCUACUGUAGCCGGAACGAACACGUCAAGUCAAGCAGCUGAUCAUUCCGAUGGGGAUACAUUGACUGCUGAACAGCUGCAGGUCCAGUUACAGCAGCUCCGUAGUAUGGGCAUCACAGAUGAUGCUGUCUCCUUACAAGCUCUUCAGGUGACUGGGGGAAAUGUUCAGGCCGCUCUGGAUCUCAUCUUUGAAGGACGACUCUAAAGCAACUGUGCUAUCUUUUUUACUUGACAACCCUCCUUUUGUUUGAUCAGUCACAGACAGUCAAUAGUUCACUUCCGUUCCCCUGCCAUGCCUUUUACAUAGACUAGUCACCAACAGUCAGAUAAUAUUUCUUAUAGGCACUGUGACUAGUCAAAUUCCAUCAACAGACAAAAGCAGAUGACUAAUAUGCAUAGCUGCCUUAUCAGUCUCCUACAGUCCAAGCGUAGUUAUAUCAGGUUUCAGAACAAUCACAGCAAGUCAAUCCUGCUUUGUGAAGACAGGGAGCACUCAACUGUUACAAACAGUCACUUGAUUUAUUUUGACUGCUGGGCUGGCCUUGUUGAAAUUUGCUGCCAGAGAGGGAGGGUUGUAAGUACAAGGCACGCUUUUAAGAUUUCCAUCAAACAAGACCAGUCAAGCCAAGUAAACACUGGUUCCAGAGUGCACACAAUUCUUCUCCUUUGAUUCAGAACGGCUUUUCACUGGAAGUCUUUUCAUGCAUCUGGUGUACACAAUGGGCCGGAUUUGACCCAUUCAUUGGCGUAACAGGGUAAUCCUAUAUGAUAGCACUGCCCGACUCUCUUCAUCAUCGGACUACAACAGGCUAAGUCACGAAUGACAGUCGGGGAGUCAGUCAGUCAGUCAGUCAAUGAGAUAAGUACUAAGAGGAGGAACGGCUGGCCGUCUGAGAUCAGUAGAAAGUGGUACAGUGGAACGCCGCUAUAACGAACAUCGCGGGAUCCACAGAAAAUGUUCGUAAUAGUGAUCGUUCGGUAUAGCAGUUUUAAGCUGCCGGUGCUCUGGUACUCACUUUUCAAUAAAUAGCGCCCUUCAUAAUAGCGCCCUGCACGUCCUGGACGUCCUUCACCCUGCACGACUUUUGAAUUAUGUAAUUACACAGUUUUUGAGCUUACUACCUAUAUCGAUGGGUGGCUUUCCCCUUCUAUGCCUUGGGGAAAUAAUAGCCAUUUGUCACUCUUCUGUUGACGGUUUUCAACAACAAUGUUCGGUUGGUUUUGUACACAAAAAUCGGGAGCCAAGGAUGAUGUUCGGUAUAGCCGAAUGUUCGGUAUAGUGGUUUCGGUAUAGCGACGUUCCACUGUAUUGCAAUUCAUACUUCCCAUGUAAAUGCAAGUACAUGUAUUACCUCACACUGAGAGGUGACAUAGUCCUCGAAAUUUGAAGUCGGUUGUCGGUAUGACAUGAAACUUCUUUCCACAAUCCUGAAAUGUGUUCUUUUCGUCAGAACAUGAGACAAAGUCUUAACCAAAAAAUAACAACGCACACCUAACUGAAAAGUGGGAUUAAAGUUAAAUGAGGCUUUUUAGAGCUUGUUUGAAUUGUUUUAAUCUAGUGAUGCAGGACGCGGUUUAUGUCAUUCCGCAUUUAUGCUUUAACAUUUAUUUUUAAAUGCUAAAUGUUAUUUGCAAUAAAAUGCAACUUCAAACUUUUGUUAUUAACUGUGACAAUGUGACUCGUAAUGGUAUUUUAAGAUAUGCAUUGUAACUUGUCAUUUCAUUGCCCCAGAUAUUCAAAAGUCAGGUUUUUUCAUGCAUGAUGUAAAGACAAAGCUCUGGCAAUUUGAUAGUAGAGAAUGACUUUGUUGUUCAUUGAGUGAGAGGAUAUCUACGUCUAGCCUGUCAUUCUAUCCCGUAAUCCCCACGGCAUUUCCUCCUGGUUUAACCAUCCGGAUGCUUUCCCGUUCAUCUCCGUUUUACAUGCAUCACCGAGUCGGUUGGGCCAACAGCAGUGUACAGUGUACCAAAAUUUUUCAAAUGUGUUUAGAUAACACUAACUCCUGCUGCUCAGUUUAGGUGUACCAAGUGAAACUGUACCCUUCUUGUUUUUUGAUGGUAGAUUUGUUUUUAUAAGGAAUCAAUAGUUUUGAAAUAAGAAGAACAGAUUGAUUUCUCGUAAAAGUGCUCUGCUAUUGAUGUGAAGAUGAAGGUGACGUAUAACUGUCGGUGUGUGUCCAAAUUUAACAAAAGUACCCGAUCGUAUACACCAAUCCCAUAACGCUGUCAUUUCUAUAACGGAGGCCCCCUUCAAUGGCGAAAGCAUUGUGCUAGCUAUUGUUCAGAUAAUCCGCCACAUGGCAGUUGCUUUGCAAAGUGUGCACAAUGGUUUCUCCAUUAAAGGGGGCCUCGUUAGUGUAAAUAUGUGCCUGGAUUCGUCCAUACCUGACCACCUUCAUAACAACAGUCUUCUCAAAUAUUUCUUUUAGUAGAA